AUGUCACCUAUUCCGGAUCACUUUAACAGGACUAGCAGGCGAGUGGUUCAAGAAGCACUAACCAUGAUCCAUUCAGUUGCGGCAUCAGCUGUCAUCUACCUUCCGAAGGAAAUUCGUAGGAGCUCAGAAGAUGAAAGGUGGAAAUGGUUUAAGAAUUUUCUAGGGGCACUUGAUGGAACAUACAUCAAGGUCAAUGUUUUAGAAUCAGAUAGACCUAGGUAUCGAACUAGAAGGAACGAAAUUGCCACUAAUGUAUUAGGGGUGGUUUCCCAAGAUAUGCAAUUUAUUUAUGUUCUGCCUGGAUGGGAGGGUUCAACUGCUGAUUCAAUAGUUUUGAGAGAUGCUAUGUCUAGGACAAAUGGUUUUAAGGCUCCCCAAGGAUAUUAUUAUUUAUGUGAUGCUGGAUAUCCGAACAGUGAAGGAUUUUUAACACCAUAUAGAGGUCAACGAUAUCAUUUGAAUGAUUGGGAUAUCCCACCAAAUACUCCUGAAGAAUUUUUUAACAUGAAACACUCAUCUGCUAGGAAUAUAGUUGAGAGAGCAUUUGGAUUAUUGAAAGGACGAUGA